AUGAGUGAAGAAGGCGAGAAAAAGGCAGCGAGUCAAGAAGCCGGCGAUGCCAACAGAGAAGAACGAAAGAGCCGGUCUAACAAACAUCGGCCAUCCUCUCGAGACUUGGUUGAUGAUAUCCUGGUUGCCUCGGAGCGUAAAUCGUCACAAGCGAAGCCUGUACGAAGGCGAUCGAAAGAUGAUGAUGAUGAUGAUGAUGGCCUUGGCGACCCUGGAAAACGACCCUCAAAGCCCCCUUCUCGACGUAAAUCAAGAGACUCCCAUGACAGCGAUGAGCUUGGUGGGUCAUCAUCAAGAGGCAAACGUGAACGCAAAAAGUCCAAAGAUUCUAUGGAUGGGAUUGCGGUGGGCGUAUCAGACCGACGAUCCAUUAAGUCUCCUUCUCGGCGCAAGUCUAGAGACUCUAAUGAUGGUGCCAUUGACACUUCUAAACGAUCUACUGGACAUCACCGGUCAAGAUCCCGGGACUCCAACGACUCUUUGGCCAAUGAUCAAGAGGCCAAGAUACGAGUACGACGGAAGACCUCUGGACUUGCCAUGCCUGGUGCAUUUGUCGAGACGAAAGGAGUAAACCGAGGGGUUCGACGCAAGGGCGAUGGAUCAAAGUCUCCGCUGCCUAUAUCCCUAUGGACACAACUUUGUCUGAAUCUGACAUCUUCAAGACAUCGCGGAGCGCCAUGUCGCUCCUGCGCUGCCAACAAGAAAUCGUCCAUGAUCAGCAGCAGACAUCACAACUCUCCUGCGAGGAACAGUGACACAAACGAGAACGAGGUCAUUCUUUCUCCUAUAGAUCAGCCUGGAAGCAGCGUACCUCAACGGACUGGAAACGUCGAGGCAUUGGAGGCGACUACUAUUGACGAGAUGAAAACUGCUCAUCGGGGAGAGAAGAGAGACAAUCUGGUAUUUGUGGCUGCCCCUGCAACAUCGGACGACGAUAAAAGCAAAAAGUACGAAUACAUUUUCGCCGCCUUUGUUAUUUUCGCGAUUGCUGUGGGAGUCAUAAAAUGGCUGUUGGUAGCAGGAAGACCUCAAGAAGUUAAUAUUUUUGUAACCUAUGACCAUCCUGCAUCAGAAGAUUGUCGAGCAAUGUCUCAAGGAAAUGAAACAAAAGACCAAAUUGGAACGACAGUUAAGUACUUUGGAGCAGGAAUGGAGUUUGGAGUGGCUCCUAGCAUCGAUCUUGACUUUCUUGAAACAGAGCUUCAACUGAGAUUGCAGCGAGAUGCUCUACCAGAGAUUGCUGGAUGCGAUCGCAGAUCUUCUCCUAUUAUUGAAAACAACAUUUUUGUGGUCGAGAACGCUGUGCUCAGGUCUAUCGCCCUUGAGGAUUAUGCGAUAUGCAGCUCCAAUUCAACAAGAAUGUGCUCUCCAGUCUGUUUAGAGCAUGAUAUCUAUUCGAAAGAGUGA